UACUACCUAAUAAAGUUUCAAGAUUCAAUAUAAACAGAGGAGAUCUUUGGGAAGGAGCCCUGCGUGGAUUUAAGAGACAGUCCUAUGAUCCGACUUACACAAUGCUGGUGAAAUUUACAGAUGAUUACGGUGUAAAUGAAGAUGGAAUUGAUGCAGGUGGCCCAAAAAGGGAAUUUCUACAGUUGUUGAUGUGUCACAUAAAAGGACACAGUUUACUUGAAGGGAAAGAGAAUGAGAAAUUUUUGCGAUGUGACAGUACAGGACUUGCCAAGGAUGAGUAUUACAUCAUUGGAAGAAUAAUUGCUGUGUCACUUGUCCAUGGUGGCCCUGCUCCACACUUUUUCUCCAGACAUUUUGUAGAAUACAUCUGUGGUAAAACAGAUGUUUCACCAUCUAUUCAAGAUGUCACAGAUCCAGACAUUCAGAAUGUGCUUCAGGAGAUAGUGUCAUCCACAUCUUUGUCAAUCCUGAGAGACAUCAUGGCAAAGCACAGCACAGUGCUCCUUUUGGCUGGAUGUCUUCAUAGCAUAAAAGACAUCGGAGAGAGAGAAAGUGUUGUGCAAGAUUUUUUUAAAUGGUACCUCUUUUCAAGAAAUGCUGCAUGCAUUGAAAGGUACAUAAACCAUAAAAUUAAGCAAAUAUGCUGA